CCCAAUGAUACACGCGCCGUCGGAAAAGGGUGACCCAAAUGGCACGAGCUCUAGCUCCGCGUUCCAGACGGAACUCUAGUAGCAGCUAUCGUUCCGUCUGGAACGCUAGCCACACCGUACGUCCAAAUCGCCGCCUUCCCUAGGUUCACAGGGGCGAGAGAGGAGGGUGGGGGAGAAGGUUAGGCAUAUCCAUUUCAGUGCUCUGUCUGGACGUAACGCUAGCCACAGCGUUGGACGUAACGCUAGACACCUCUUUUUUUUUUACUUUUUUUUUGUAGGGCAUUUGACAAUAUUUACAGUAAGCUCUCCACGUCGUGCGUAUGGCCAUUUCCGGUCAACGUGCACGAGCUCGUGCCUAUAGCCUUUACUCUUCAUUGAAUAGGACUGAUUUGAGCCAGCACAUAUGAGAACUGAAAAGAAGCUAAGUGCCUCUGGAGCUGAUUUACUAACUAUAUAAAAAUAUUUUUGGGUUAGAUAUAUGUGAAGCUAGUCCAUGCGCAUACAUUUUACAGAUGCUGGAUUUGGUAUUUGAAGAAUACACUGACCUUGCUGCGGACGACGAAAUACAUGACAUGGCUAAAAUCACUCUCCUGCCCAUUGUAACUGUCCCAGAGGGUGGGCCAGGCUCAUCUUCCACUCAGGCCUUCGUGUUCAGACGACGAUGGGAACACCUUCAUUUUCCCCAAGCUUGGAGCUCUCCAUGAUACGAUCAUCUCUGGCAAACCUCUGACAUCUUCAUCAUUCCGAAAGAUUGUGGAGCUCCUCUUUCGUGCAAUGGUGAACAUAACAGUGUUCCCAUCUCAGCACUUUUACUCCAAGGUCACUCAGCUACUAACUGACAAGUACCCUCAGCUCCAAGAUGUUAUAGGAACUGGAUCAGACUCGUGGAGAGUAGCACUGCGGUACAAGUUCAAAAAUGAAAGACGUCGCCUUUCAGACGACGUCCGGGUUGCUGAAAACCGUGCAAAAUUUGGAUCAAAAAGACCAAAUGAUGGAGGUGCAGCCACACAGCUGAAGCGGCAAAAAAAGAUUAAGCUGAACAUCACUGCUUCGGCUUUGGCUGGAGAGGACGAAGCCAGCCUGAUCGCCCAUGAGGAAUGGCUUAUACGAGAAGGACGAAAGGCAGCUCCUGAUGAAAAAGGAAUCCAUGAAAGGAUGACUCUCACUGCGAGGAAGAGGCUCUCUGACAUGGCACAAAUGGGCAUUGAUGCUGUUAGGACAAGGUACCCAUACCUGAUGGACUCUCAGCGAUUCGCUAAAGAUUUCGAGAGGCUCACGAAGAUGAACCUGGCCGACAAAGUCGCAAAAGGGAUUGACAAGAUCGUUCUGUUGGCCACAAAGAAGGCGAUCGACUGCCAGGAGCAUGUCCUACUUACACUGCAAGCAGCACCGCACAUGGAUCUGGGGAGGCUCAGGACACGGCACAUCCUGACUGUUGCAACUCUGCGCAUUUUGGCACUGAACGUCAAGGAGUCAACAUCACUGCCCCUAAUGUUCGUGCAAGAAGAUGAUGAAAACAUCCCACCGACACCGUGUGUCCUGUACAGCGGGCAAGACUUAGAGGAUGCAGACUUCUUUCACCUGGUUGUUGAUCGUGAGAGGUUGUUCUCCGUUCCAAAUGCCGAGGAGGGGCUGUGUAUGUUGUUGGCAGCCUAUUGGUUGUUCAGUAUACAAUAUGAACGGAAGGCCUUCAACAUGCUCGUCACUCUGGAGAGGCUUUUUCUCGGCAUGAGCCACACAACUCCAAGGGCAGUGGUAAUUAAAUUUUCAAACAAAGUUUGCAGGCACGUGCAUGGUUGAAGCAAUGAUUUGUGCUUCAACCACACGCGCAUUAACUGCUUCGUUACGGUUCAGUUUGAGCUUUUUCUUUUUUUUUUUUUUUUUUUUUUUUUACGGUGUUAGUUUGCAGGCUCUGUAAAAAUGGAUGUCCACCCACGGGACAGUGGGGCUUUACAGUUCAAGUAAGGAAAAUGAACACAUAUUUUAUUCAACAUUUUAUAAGUUAAUUUUUACAAAAUAGGUUUUGGGAAGAAUAGCAAAA